AUGUCCCACCCAAGGAUAGAAGAAGUCUCGGACAGCGACUUCGACUCUGACCCAGCCGAGGGCGACAUCGAUGACUUCGCCGACUCCGAUAUCAUGCGCCGCGUCGACCCUGUUCAACAUACAGUUCCAUCCGCUGCAGCUCCUCCUCACCAAGAGCCUUCUAUCGUCCCCGCCGAUGCCCCUCCUGGAGGCACCAUGCCCGCCUCAGCCGAUCGCUCUGCCUACGCCGACUUCCAGUGUCUCUAUCCCGUUUAUUUCGACGCCUCACGGUCUCGCGCGGAAGGCCGACGUGUGGGUGCCGACCUUGCUGUCAAGGAUCCUCUCGCGCGAGAGAUCGCAAAUGCUUGCUCACGCCUACGCCUGCCGACACUCUUCGAGCCCGAAAAGGUGCACCCCAAGGAUUGGGCCAACCCCGGCCGCGUGAAGGUUGGUCUCAAGAAGCAGCCUGGCCACCCUGUCAAGAACAAACAUCAUCUGUACCGUCUUGUUGCCGAGCACCUGCGCGACAACCCCACCACCGAAGACAGCCCCGGCCUGCGUGUCCGCAUUGGUGGCCAGCUGCAGCCCGAACCCGGAAAACCCUAUCCCAAGCCUGCCGUGCCACGCGGAUGGAAGAUGGGCGAGCUGGUGCCGUACCUAAGCGCUGCUAUGACAGGUGGCGGCGUGUCUGAGAAUCUGUUUAAGGAUAUGAUGAAGGAGAUGCAGGGCGGUGGAGAUCCAAUGUCGGCUCUCAUGGGUGCGCAAGGAGGUGGUGGUGGCGAGGAGAGCAGUGGAGGUGGCAAGAAGAAGAAGGAUAAGAAGGGCAAGGGCAAAGCAUGA